AUCGAAUGGGAGCAUCGGAACCCUUUUCCGCAAGCGCCACACCGAACCACCCGCACUGAUGCGAACCGUGCAGCCAAGAAGCGGAGAUGGGGUAUAUUUUGCUGCUUUGUGCCUUCUUGGAGACCUUAGUUGAACUUGUUGUCUUCUUGCCAACGUCAUCUCGUUCAUUCCGACGAUGCAAGCGGACGCUCGGCAGUGAGCUGGAGAUGUCCAAGGUUUGCUCCAAGAAGAGAAAUGAAGGCGCUGAGCAAACUCCAGUCGUGGCGCAGCUCGGGGUCCAGUACCCGAGCCUGCGUCGAUAACAAGGACACCGUUGACGGUGUGACCGUGGAUGGCAAGAUCCUGGAAUCGAGCAAAUGGUCGGAGAAAGAGGAAGGGACCAAUAAUGACAAUGUCAACGCCGAAGAUAAAGCUGAUGACGACGAGGAUGCUGCCGCUGCUGCGCGAGCCGAGCUCGACGAACAAGUCAAGUUGCGCAAGGACGCAAAUGACAAACUGUAUGCUGCCAGCAAGGCGUACUGGGCCUACCUGUCCAAACGCAAACCAUUACCAUUUGACACAGACGUCGCUUCUCUGACAAGAGUAUUGAGCAAGGAUGCCGAGACCAACGACACCGCUUUGGCAGAUGCGGAGGACGACAACAGCGCCUCAGCCAAAUCUGCCAGCAAAGCAGGUUUUAGAGGGAUGAGCCUUUUUGGUGGCGCUGGAGCUGCUGUGGCUGCCAUGGUGGGAAGUAUAGGCAAAGACGACAAGGUAAUGCCUUGUGAAGCCUUCGGUCUUGCCAUGCUCGAUGCCGCUCAAGCACUUGGCGAUCACAAUGUUCAGGGUAAUUCUCUCGCCUUACUAGGCGAAGCUCAUCUUCAUCUCUCUACUUUGCAAGACACAUUUGCCAAGACCUUGGCAGACACCUACCUCUCGCGCCUCGUACGCUCUAAAGUCAGCAUCGAAGCUUACCAAGCCGCGCGCAAGAAGGUCUCCUCGACGCAGGCGCGCCUUUCUAACGCGCGAAUAAAGCGCCGAAAAGCGGGGGCAAAAGGCGCGAGUACAGUUACGGGGGAUCGGGGAGAGAAAGAUGAACGCGCGGAUAGCGAGUUGGAGGAGGAGAUGCGACUUUCGGAAGCUGCAUACGAAGAUGCCUUGCAGGACCUCGAGGCGCGUGCCGAGCUGCUCAAACGUGAUGAGGUGCAAGACCACGAAUCUCUUUCUGAUUUGCUGGAAGUCAGCAUCGAGUAUAGUGCUCAGGUCCACGAGGCGCUGCUGACUGCGAGGAGCGUGUGGCCACUCUCUGCCAUCUCGCAGAGCGGAACCUAUAUUACACGAACGAGGCCGAGGUUUCCUCACAGCAAUUCUGCUAAGGAUGCUGUUUCAAGUACUCGAAGGCAGUUUGAAAGCAGCAGCCACAGACGCAGCAUCAGCACACCCAUGUCGACGCGCUCGCCUUCCAUACGCUCACUCGGCGAGCCAGGCGGCAAUGGGGAGGGCAGCUUUUCUCCGUCGGAAGCAGCAGUGUCUGGAACCACUGUUGCGAAUAGCAAGAGAAGGCCGCGUCUCUCUGUCCUGAGCAACUCAGUAUCUAGCAUUUCGACAGCCACGCUUGGCGGUGUCGGCAACAUGGUGCGACUUGGCCGUGCCAAGACGAGCGAUGCCGUUCCGCAGCUUUCGACAGCUGAAGAUGCGAAAGGCGAUACUUCUACCGCGAGCGAAAAUCCGAACGCAGCGACCGAAGACGACAAUGCGGCGGCGAAAAACCCAAAGAUGGGGAAACAGCAGUCUGCUGGCUACAGCGACAUGGGCAAAGAUGGCUCCGUGGUUAGUGCCGAGAACCAAGGAACGAUCAGUAAAGGUAGCACUUGGGCCAAAGGUCUGCUCGGGCGUGCCAAUAACAAAGACAAGUCGACUGGCGCCAGAAAAGAUGGUUUUGCAUACGUGGAGGCUGCGGGAAAGAACUCUGACGUGCAAAUCAGCGAAGAGGAGCGACAGCGGAACGAACAGAUGCUCAAGGAUGUCGUCUCGCUUGGUGGCAGUCGCGCAGGUUGCAGUGCUACUGCUUUCGCGACUACCAGCGGUGAUACUGUGUCUUUUCCCUCGAGGGGCAAUCAGGCAAGGGAGUUGAGCAUCAGCUCCGAUGAUGCUCGCAGCGAACAAGAUGGGCGAAACGCACUUUUCGCGCGCACAGGCAGCGUCCCGGGUCCCAUUGCACCGCGUCCGACGCGUCCGGCCGACUGGCUCUCCUUUGCCGACGAACCAGAAUCGGCAUCUUACGACGCCGAUGGCUUCCCCGACAGCCCCUCCUUUGUCGGCAGCGAGCGCGAUGGCGUUUCGCCGCCUCCAUUCAUGGGCGCUGACAGCGGCAUGGGCAUGUUUAUCCUGGACAAUCACAACUCCGCGCACUUUCAGCACUUUUCGCUCCACUCGCCUGAGCCGUCCGAUGGUCUGCUGCGCACGCCGUCAGCGGCGGGAGGUGCUUCGUCGCAGGAUUUGCAGCACGCGCAUAUGCGACCGAUGUCAGCACUGUCGAAUGGUUCGCUCGGUACGGAUCCUUUCGCGGAUCACCGCUUCUCGCCAGCUGGGCUGCGCGCUGUCACCGUCAGCCCCGGCUUCGCUGCCGUUGGUGUCCCUGCCGCUGUCGAUGGAAGCCUGCUCAGACCUGCGACCGUCUCGCCACAGGUGACUGGCGAAAAGGUACAGCUGCUUGCGCGAGAACGUGCGUUAGAUGAGAGUGCGAGGAACAAGGGCACUGUUCCUGGAGCUGGGAGCAAGAAGGGUACCGCGAGCAUUCCCGCAAACGGAAAAGCAGUAGGUGUAGCUGACAGUGGCGGAUGUAUUGCCGAUGCUCAUCAGGCAUCAGCUGCAUCUUCGAACUCGACCCCAUAUGCUACGCCUGCACUUGCAGCUGCGCCUGCGCCAGCACCACCACCUCCGGGCAGCUCUUCCUCGGUACUGGGCAAGAAGUUGGCGCCACCGAUUCCUGGUCUACCAAUGCGUAAAGACAAAGGGAUCAGGCUUCCUGGCUGAGGCAUGCCUUUUGGGACACGAGAUUGAUAUGGUGUUGAUGCGGAUACGGGCAAGGACAUUUCAAUGGGAAAGGCGCAAGUUGACAAGGGCAUAAGGAUGAUUAGAUAUCAUUUCUCUUUCUUCGUACACUGAUACAUAUCCGACCCUCCUUUCAAGUUGCUGUAUCAUAUCGAAGUUGGAUGGGGCAAAGCUCUGCACAGUUUAU